AUGGCGAGUCCCUACCGUGCCUCUGUCAGCGCUGUUCAGGUUGGUCGCUACUUUGUUCAACAGUACUAUCCGGUUCUUUGUCAACGACCUCAUUUAGUUCAUCAUUUUUACACCGAUGAUAGUUCUAUGGUUCGGGUAGAUGGGAAUUCUAGCAAGACUGUUUCGGCAAAGCUGGCAUCUCCCUUACAAUUGGCUGGAAGACGAGUCUAUGUUGAAGUGAGGAGAGCAAACGGCAGCAGUAGCAGUUCUCGUGGAGGGAGGGAAGAGGCAGAGGAAGUUAUUAAAAUGAGCCACUGCAAGGGUGAUAUGGUGCACAUACUUUUGACAGGGGAAGCAAUCAAGAUGGGGAUGACAACAGCAAACAAAGAGGCAAUGGAUUCUAGGGUUCGUAAUGACCCAAAGGGUCAUGACACACCAAGUAGAAGCAACUGGGCAUAA